AUGGCUUUCAUCUGUGUGGAUAUCAGCUGCCUAUAUAUCUUUCUCAUUUACACAGUAUUUGACUGUACAUUGUCUUCAAACAUGGAGAUAAAAGUUAAUCCCCCUCAAGAUUUUGAAAUAGUAGACCCUGGAUAUUUAGGCUAUCUCUGUCUGCAAUGGCAACCUCCACUGGAUCUGGAUAAUUUUAAGGAAUGCACAGCAGAAUAUGAAUUAAAAUACCGAAAUAUUGGUAGUGAGCAAUGGAAGACCAUCAUUACUAAGAAUCUACAAUACAAAGAUGGGUUUGAUCUUAACAAAGGUGUAGAAGCAAAGAUACACACACUGUUGUCAAGGCAUUGCACAAAUGGACCAGAAGUUCAAAGUUCAUGGUCAGAAGCUACUUAUUGGACAUCAGAACAAGGAAGUGUGGAAACUAAAAUCCAGGAUAUGGACUGUGUGUAUUAUAACUGGCAAUAUUUACUCUGUUCUUGGAAACCUGGCAUGGGUGUACAUAUUGAUACAAAUUACAACUUGUUUUUCUGGUAUGAGGGCUUGGAUCAUGCAUUACAGUGUGAUGAUUACAUCAAGGCUAAUGGAAAAAACAUUGGAUGCAGGUUUCCCCAUUUGGAGUCAUCAGACUAUAAAGAUUUCUUUAUCUGUGUUAAUGGAUCAUCAGCAUCCAAACCUAUCAGAUCCAGCUAUUUCAUUUUCCAGCUUCAAAAUAUAGUUAAGCCUUUGCCACCAGACUCUCUUAGUCUCACUGUGGAGAAUACUUUUGAAAUCAAUCUGAAAUGGAGCAUGCCUAAAGGACCUAUUCCAGCAAGGUGUUUCAUUUAUGAAAUUGUGCUCACAGAAGAUGAUAUUUCUUGUAUGAGUACCACAGGUGAAAAUGAAAUGAACAUCACAAGAACAUCAAAUGACAGUAAAAAACUAUGCUUUUCAGUAAGAAGCAAAAUGAAUAUGUAUUGCUCAGAUGAUGGAAUUUGGAGUGAGUGGAGUGAUAAACAAUGUUGGAAAGGUGAUAUAUGGAAGGACACACUGAUAUUUUUUGUAAUACCAUUUGCUUUUGCUUCAUUAUUUGUUAUAUUACUGGCUUAUCUGAUUUCAUAUAAGCAAAGAGCUUUACUGAAAAUGAUUUUUCUUACAAAAAAAGAAGUUUUUUCUCAUCCAGAGGCACUCUGUUGA